UCGACCUCCCAUUUUCACGAUGUUGAUCAGCCUCUCGGAUCGACGAAUCAAAGUCAUUCGCGAACCAAGACGAACAAUGGCAACCAAGACUAGGCUUUCUCAUCCCCGCGUCGAGCUAUCUCACCCGUUCGCUGAUGACAAGAUCGGGACAUAUUUUUUCGGCAUUCGUACACAUAAACAAGCAUGGGCAACUGUCUGAAGAUCCAAUCCUCAAGCUCUUGGAGCACAGAUGAUGAUGAUGGUGGCGACAAGGAGUUUGAAAAUGGCCUUACAAUGAUGUCAAGGCAGCCUAUGCGUACCGGGAGCGCGGCCGGCAGACGAACGGAGAAGAUGGUUGAGGAGGGAGAUGGAGGAGGGAUUAAUGGGAAGAAGGCGACGAUGCACGGAGAGGUCAAGAUAAGGAUGACGAAGAAACAGCUGGUGGAGCUGGUGAGCGUGGUGGGAAUGGAGGGGCUAUCGAUCGAGGAGUUUUUAGAGAAGGUCACCAGCUUAGGGAUCGAGGAGAACCAUCUGGAGCAGCGCCGGCACUGGCAGCCGGUGCUGCAGAGUAUCCCGGAGGAGGCUUGAAAAGAUGGUGGUGGCGGCGAGCGAAGAAUGGUCAGGGUGACCAUGAACGCCGGUUUUCGAUGUUCCUGUAAUGCAGCAUAUUGUACAGCGGGAACCUCUUCCCUGAUAUUUCAUUUAUUUAUU